AUGGCUACCCUACUGAUAAGCGAGCCUCCUCGGGUAUCUCUGCAUACGUUGACCAACGCAGAUGGAUCGGCAACUUACAGCGCACCACGUAAUGGCUACAAAAUUAUCGCCGGUGUCAAUUACCCGGUCGAAGUCCCGUACCGAUCUGAUGAGAUUCCUGAGUCGACCCUGAUUGAAGUCAAUCUUAGACCACAUAAUGGUGUGGGAAUGGUCAAAGAACGACACGUUGAAGAACUCAUCAAACGAACGCUCGAACCCAUCGUCCUUGGCCAUGAGACUCCACGAACCAUGCUGGAGAUUACGCUUCAAGUGAUGUCCGUCGAAAGUGACGAGAGCCUCCCUGGCGGAGUCAGAGGGGCCGGGCAAGGUGAGACUUAUCUCGACUUGCUUACUUCGGCACUCAAUGCUGCCAUCCUUGGAUGCUUAGACGCAGCUGUGCAAAUGAAAACAUUGGUUGGCGCCGCGCUCAUCGGCAUUGGCCGUGACAACGGCCAGGUUAUCAUCUAUCCGGGAGUAUCCCAGCGCAGUAAAUGCGCAAGCCUGCAUGUAUUUGCCUUCAGUAAAGAUGGCACGACGUUGUUGAUGGAGAGUGAAGGCAAGUUCAGCAUGGAAAGUUGGGAACAAGCAUCAAACGCUGCUCGCUUAGCAGUCCUUGGUCACUCUCCUAUCACCGGCACCACCACAAGAGAAGCCAACAAACAAUCGAACGGAGAUACUACCAUGAACGGAACAAACCAUUCAAGUGGGAACAACUCGGUGAUCUGUGUGCUGGAUGUGAUCAGAGACGCUAUGGAGGCUCGGGUGAUUAAGGACGAAAGCUGGCGACAGGAUCGAUGA